GGUACUACAUAAGUACUUCAAUGGUGUCAUUUAAACUACCAACGGUUACUUUGCUCACUAGAAAAUUGUACAAGUAAAUUAUAUACACUGAGUCACUAAUACCAAAGAAGCAGGAAGCUCCUCAUUUUGACUUCGAGAAACCAACUCAAGCUGUUAAAUCAUUUCCUUUUUCAAGCGAUUUGGUUUGAAUUUGCAAAAAUUGGAGUUUGUUUUGGAAUUUUGUUCAAAACUGAGAGUAAUAGAGAUGGAUUUUCAUGGCAUGAAGAGGAAGAGACUGCAGGCUCUGUGCAAGAAACAUGGCAUUCCUGCAAACUUGAAGAGCUGCGUAAUGGCAGACAGACUCUCCUUGCUUUUCAAGGAAAAAGAAAUGGAAUACCCUGUAGGUUCUGGUAAUGCUAGAACUGAGAAAGACACCACCCUUCAUUGUGUUGUUUGCAAAAAUGUGGAAAUGAUUGAUUUGGUGACUCCUAGCCCGGGUUCAAAGGAAAGGAGUGUUUUUACUUCCAAGAAUUUGAAAGGUUCAGAGAUUGAAAGGUUGGAAUUUGAAACAAAUUUCUCCCCAGAAAUAACAAGGGAAGAUUUUGGAAUUUGUGGGGUUGGGAACAUGCAAAGUAGACUCAAGAAAGAGCAUGAUAACAGUCAGGGAGGUUUACAUUUAGCACCUGUAGCAGUUGCUUUAGUGGAAUUCAACAACCAAAUGUCGGAGGGAGAAGAUGAGAAGUUGGGCGACAACAAUAAUCUUAUUGGAGAUAUUUGUGAAUAUGAAAAGGGAAAAACUGAAGCUGAAGAACAUGGCAUUCAUAAUAGCCUUCGAGGAUCAAACAUGAAAGAUGUGAAUGCUUUACAUUCUUCUAAAGAGGAAUAUGGCUCUCCUAUGAAGGUAGAAGAUGAAGCUACAGAACAAGGUGACUGCAAUAGCCCUCAAGGAUCAAGAAUGAAAGAUGUGAAGGUUUUAUAUGUUUCUCACGAGGAAUCUGGUUACCCUGUGGUGGAAAAAGAUGAAGCAGUAGAACAAGGCGACAAGAGUAGCUCACCGGGAUCAAACAUGAAAGAUGUGAAUGCUUUACAUGUUUCCGUAGAAGAAUCUGGCUCUCCUAUGAUGGAAGAAGGUGCAGCUAUAGAUCAAGGCAACUGCAUUAGCUCUCAAGGAUCAAGCAUGAAAAAUGUGAACAUUUUUCAUGUUUCUCAAGAGGAAUCUGGUUACCCGGUGGUGGAAAAGGAUGAAGCUGAAGAACAAGGAGACCACAAUAGCCCUCCAGGAUCGAACACGAAAGAUGUAACUGUUUUACAUGCUUCUGAAGAGGAAUGUGGUUUCCUUACUAUGGUGGAAGAAGAUAAUGCUUUAAAGCAAGGACCUAGCAUGAAAGAUGUGAAUAUUUUACUUCUUUCUCAGAAGGUAUCUGAUUAUCCUAUUGCGGAAGAUGUAGCCGUAGAGCAAGGUGACAACAAUAGCCCUCAAGGACCAAACAUCAAAGAUGUGAAUAUUUUACAUGUUUAUCAAGAAGAAUCUCUUUACCCUGUAGUGGAAGAAGAUGUAGCUGUAGAACAAGGUGACCAAAAUAUCUCUCAAGGGCCAAACAUGAAAGAAGUGAAUGUUUUACAUGUUUGUCUCGAGGAAUCUGGUUACCCUAUGGUGGAAGAAGAGGAAGUUGUAGAACAAGGUGACCACAAUAGCCCUCAAGGAUCAAACCUAAAAGAUGUUAGUGUUAUGCAUGUUUCCCAAGAGGACUUUGGUUUCCCUACGGUAGAAGAAGUGCAGAAAGCUGAAGGCAAUAUUUGUAAUGGCAGUGUCUACGAUCUCUUAAACACUGGAUCAGAAGUUGAUGCCAAGAAUACUGAUGGAAAGAUCAAUUUAACUGCAGAACAUUCUGUAGAUGAUGGUCCUUCUAGUUUGAGUAAAUCUUCAGUUGGCACACAUGAUCAAUUUCAGAGCAGUUAUCCAGAAAAUGAAGUCGUGUCUAGUGGUCUUAAUAUUUACCAAGAUACGUGUAAAGAGGAGUUGAAAUCACCACAAAAUACAGGUCCAAUUGCAAAUCCAGGGGAAUGCUCUAGAUUUUCUCCCCAUAACCUAGAAGCCUCUUUAGUUGAGAGCUUUCAGUUUGAAACAUAUUCUGACCCGAGUCCACUUGGAGAUAUAGGAACUUGUAACUUGAAAGAAAGCAUGCAAAGCUACAAGAUUGAGAAAGUUGAAUACAAGACCAAAGCGACUAUUGAACAAUUUACAGAUGAGCUCCAAUCUUCGACUUUUGAAGAUUCGGAUGGGACACCAGUUCAGUUCGUAUCAAAUGAUGCAUUAAGUGAAGUGAAGACAGAUUUUAAUGUUCAUGAAAUGGUUGUUUCAGGCAUUGUGUUUGAAAAUGUUGAUAUGUCUGAAGCGAAGUUUGUAUCUUCAAGAAAAAUAAGUCUAAGACCAGCUUCAGAUAGAAUGAUUGAUUUUUCCCCGAAGCAGCUGAAUAAUUCAGAGACUAAAGUGUUGCAGUCCGAAACAAAACUUUUCCCGGAAACAGCAGAUGUUGGAAUUGGUGAAAUGGAGAACAUGCAGAUGGAUGUCAACAAGGAACUAGUUGAUGAAGUUGGAGACUAUUUAUUGGAGGGAGAAAUUGACAAGUCAGGUCUGAUUGCUGAUUCUGAGGAAGUUGAUAAUGUAAUUUGCGAUGUGGAAGAAAACAUGCAAAUUAUUGUCAAUGAAAAGCAAGAUGAAGAAAGUGAGCAAGUUAUACGUGCGACACCUAGUCCAAUGCUCUUGAACAAUGUGGAAGUUGGAGAGCAGUUGUUGGAGGGAGAGAUUGAGAAGUCAGGUCUGAAGGCUGAUUCAGAGGAAUGCAUUGGAAUUUUGCCCAAUAAUCUUCUGCCUUCAGCAACAAAAGGCUUUGAGGAUGAAAUAUAUUUUGAUCAAAGUGCACUAGGAGAUGUUGUGGAAACUUUCAAAAUGGAAGAAAGCAUGCCAAGUGAUCAGAUGGAGAAAGGAUUCAGUCAGAAGGUUCAGCAUAUGGCAAAUGAUUCGGUGCAGGAAGAAAUUACCAGGUUGAUUAUUAACUCUGAUGAUCAUGAAUAUGUUGGUGUGACUGGUCCAGAAGAUGGGAAAAACCAACAUAAUAUGAAGAGGGACAUGGAAAGCAUUGAAAAAUAUUUGCUCAAUGAUUUCCACACUUUGGAAGAUGAGAAUGCUCCAACUAUGCCUGGGGAGGGUGAAAUGAAGUUAUGCUCUUUUAACCAUCAACAAAUGUCUGCAUCAGGCACUUUCUGUGGAGAUGAAAUGGAAACACCACCAAAGUGUACAAGUUCUAAGCUCCGUGAAUCAUUUAUAAAGAAAGAGUUGAAGAAUUUGUCGAGUUUGCCUGUGAAACGUGCAAGGGAUAUUCUUGGAGCUAGUGACAUGAAAGAAAACAUUAAAAUUUCAAAGAAAACACCUUCAAGGAGUGCAUUUCCUAAGAGGAAACCUCUACAACAUCUUCAACAGAACUGAACUUCACAGCCCGUGAACUGUUGGUUUCUUUAGGAGUUUAGUGAAUGACAGUGUUUAAAUAAUGUGAUGGUUACAAAUUUUUCUCGAUGACCAAUGCUACUUUAUGGUAAUUGUUGUGUCCAGUGUGUUUUCAUCCUUAUUGUGUUUCAUGUAGCCCUUUAUCUAACAUGGCAUUGAAAUUGUUACAUGGCACUAGUUGAAACGUGUCAUAUUGAGAUGUAUAUGAUAUUUAACUUGUAACGCAGAUUAGAACUGGUAUGAUCUUUCUCUAGGAAAAAUCUCACACACUCAUUAGACAAUUUUUAAAGACUGUUUAUGUUGUGUAGUUUCAUUGGAUUUGUGGCUUGAUUUUCAUCA